AUGGGUGCCUUUAUCAGUUGGAUUCAGACGAACGUGCCGUCCAAAUCCUCCGAUGGCUCAUCGACGGCGCCGCAGUCCGUAUGGGGCAUGAUUGACUCGCUCAUUCCAAUCCUCGUCAUCUCGGCCGUCUACAUCAUCAUCUUUCUCAUAAUGAGGAGAUCGCAGAAGAGAUUCUACGCGCCGAGGUCUUAUCUGGGGUUCCUUCGUAAAAGCGAACGGAGCCCCGAGCUCUCGAGCGGUUGGUUCGCCUGGUUCGGCACCUUCUGGAAGCUCCCCGACGCCUACGCGCUCACCCACCAAGGCCUCGAUGCCUACCUGUUCCUCCGCUACCUGCGCGUCGCCAUGGUCAUCUGCUUCGUCUCCGCCUGCAUCACCUGGCCCAUCCUCUUCCCUGUCAACGCCACCGGCGGCGGCAACCAGGAGCAGCUGGAGAUCAUCUCGUACAGCAACAUCAACGUCCAAACUCAGGGCGUGCGAUUCUACGCCCACGCCUUCGUCGCCUGGUUCGUCUACGGCUUCGUCAUGUUUAUGAUCCUGCGCGAGUGCAUCUUCUACAUCAACCUGCGCCAGGCCUACCUCCUGACGCCCCACUACGCGAAGCGCAUGUCCUCCCGCACCGUCCUCUUCACGAGCGUGCCCAACGACUACCUCGACGAGAAGCGCAUCCGCGAGCUCUUCAACAACUCGAUCAAGUACGUCUGGGUCGUCGGCAAGACGGAGAAGAUGGACGAGCUCGUUCAGGAGCGUGACGAGGUCGCCAUGAAGCUCGAGAAGGCCGAGGUCAAUCUCAUCAAGCUCGUCAACAAGGCGCGCACCAAGGCGGCCAAGAAGGGCGGCGACGACGCCGCCGCCGCCCGCAACGGUUACGAGGACGACUCGGAGUCGGCCGACGUCGUCCGUCGGUACAUUCCCGUCAAGAAGCGCCCCUCGCACCGCACCGGUCCCCUCGGCCUCGUCGGCCGCAAGGUCGACACCAUCGAGUGGUCGCGCUCCGAGCUGCGCCGCCUCAUCCCCGAGGUUGAGAAGCUCCAGUCCGAGUGGGACGCGGGCAAGUACGACCGCAUCAACGCCGUCUUCGUCGAGUUCCACAACCAGGCCGACGCCCAGGCGGCCUUCCAGGUCGUCACCCACCACCAGGGCCUGCACAUGUGCCCCAAGGUCGUCGGCGUCAAGCCCGAGGAGGUGGUCUGGAGCAGCCUCGAGAUUUCCUGGUGGCAGGCCAUCCUCCGCCGCUACGCCGUCUACCUCUUCAUCGGCGUCCUCAUCAUCUUCUGGGCCAUCCCCGUCGCCAUCGUCGGUGUCAUCUCCCAAGUCAGCGUCCUCGUCAACCUGCCCGGCCUCACCUGGCUCAACUCGCUCCCGCAGUUCAUCCUCGGCGUCAUCUCCGGUCUCCUGCCGGCCGUGGCCCUGGCCAUCCUCAUGUCCUUUGUCCCCAUCAUCAUGCGCGCCUGCGGCAGGCUCGCCGGCCACCCGACGCUGUCGCGCAUCGAGCUCUUCACCCAGAACGCCUACUUCGUCUUCCAGGUCGUCCAGGUCUUCCUCAUCCGAACCGUGGCCGACUCCUUCGCCGGCGUCGUCGUCCAGAUCGCCGAGAACCCGGGCCAGGUCUUCACCAUCCUCGGCUCCUCCAUCCCGACCUCGUCCAACUUUUACAUCUCCUACUUCAUGCUCCAGGGUCUCACCAUCGCCACGGGCGUCGUCACCCAGGUCGUCGGCGUCUUCGUCUUUAAGAUCCUCUACAAGUACCUCACCGGCACACCCCGAGCCAUGUACACGAAGUGGACGACGCUCAGCUCCAUCCUCUGGGGCAGCCUCCUGCCGGUCUACACCAACAUCAUCUGCAUCAGUCUCAUCUACUCCGUCAUCGCCCCCUUUAUUCUCUUCUGGUCGACGCUGGCCAUGGCCCUCUUCUACCUCGCGUACCGGUACAACGUCCUGUUCGUCUCGGCCACCGAGGUCGACACCCAGGGUCUCAUCUACCCGCGCGCCCUGAAGCAGCUCUUCGUCGGCAUCUACCUCGCCGAGAUUUGCCUCGUCGGCCUCUUCGGAGCCUCCAAGGCCAUCGGGCCCGCCGUCCUCAUGGCCGCCUUCCUGGUCUUCACCAUCCUCUUCAACCUCGCCAUGGUCAAGUACCUCGACCCGCUCCUCUACGGUCUCCCUCGCAGCGUCCAGGCGCAGGAGAUGGCCAUCCAGGCCGGCGCCGACGGCCUCGGCCGCGGUCCGGAGUCGAACGAGAGCUCGACGGGCAACGUGUCGGACGAGAAAGGCGAGCCGAAGAAGGGCAACUUCAUCGCCCGCUUCUUCAAGCCGUGGAUCCACCAGGACUACGCGACGCUGCGGACCAUGAUGCCGCAGGAGGAUGCCGGCCUCCUCCACCAGUACACGGACGAGGUGGAGCGCACCGCCUACUUCCCGCCCUCGGUCAGCAGCAAGGCGCCGACGCUGUGGAUCCCGCGCGACGCCGCCGGCGUGUCGAGACAGGAGGUUGCGCUGACGAACAAGGUGAUUCCCAUCUCGGACGAGGGCGCGACGCUGGACGAGAAGAACAACAUCGUCUGGGACACGGAGGGCGCCCGGCCGCCCAUCUGGGAGGAGAAGGUGUACUACUAG